AGUCCUUCUCCCCUUACCUUACGUUCUCUCUCUCUCUCUCUCUCUCCCUCUCUCCUAGGUUUUUCAUUUUCCCCUUUUUCUAUUUUCAAUCUGGAUUUAGCUCAAGGAGAUCCGGAAUUUCACGAUUCCUUGUGGUUUAGUUGGCUAGCUACUGGGAAUCAUAGUAAUAUAGUCACUUGGAAGAAUGUGGUAAACUUGCAUUGAAGUUUCAGCAAUUUUUAGGUGUUUGCUGUUCUCCAGAAAGAAUUCUCUUUGCAACCGAUUCCGAAUUAUAUAUGUGACGUGAAAUUUAAGUUACCGGGGGCUUUGUGUAUCCAUGCUGUCAGAGAGCAUGCGUGGAAUCUAUUUUUUGGGUAAUGCCCCUGACGAGCGUAGUUGCUGAUGCACUCGGUGUGGUUACAAUUUCUCUAGUUGCUGUUUUGGGUCUUCUUGGUCUGCUCUGCAUCUUGUACUCGUUAUAUUUUCGAGAUCACAUUCGUAGUCAAGGCUAUACUCAACUUGGAUAUUUCAGUGGUCCGUGGGUUAUUCGAAUAGUUUUCAUCUUGUUUGCAAUCUGGUGGGGUCUUGGAGAGAUUUUACGUCUAGAAUUCUUGAGGCGUGACGGCCGGGUAUUGCACGCUCUCGACCUAAGAUGGCAGGAAACCGUAUGCAAAUGCUAUAUCGUAUCAAACCUAGGAUUUGCAGAACCGUGCCUAUUCCUAACCCUCAUUUUUCUUCUUCGUGCUUCUUUACAGAAGACGGAAUCGGGGCCAUUGAGCCAGAAAUGGAACUUGAGAACAACAAUUUACAUUCUUCUAUGUUCGUUGUCACUGUUUGCCCUUCAGAUGACGGUUGUUUUAGUCGGACCUCAAUACGAGACGGACUUGCACCUAAACAAAAAAGGGUACUUUUUCAAAUUUACUACUAAGCACCCGAAUGAUGUUGCUCGCUGCUACUACCCUUUACUGAGUACCCUCUUUCUUGGUCUUUUCGCUACCGUGCUAACGCUUUAUUUGUUCUGGCUCGGGAGGCGAAUACUAAUUCUGGUGAUCAACAAGGGCUUGCAGAAGAGAGUGUACACAUUGAUAUUCUUUGUUUCUAGUUUCUUUCCGUUACGGGUUCUGUUACUGGGUUUAUCGGUUCUUUUCAAGCCGGGGGAUACUGUGUUUGAGGUUCUAGCAUUCUUGGCUUUUCUUUCUCUUUUAUGUUGUGCUGGGGUCGGGAUUUGUAUGCUUGUUUACUUCCCGAUUGCAGACUCUUUAGCAUUGAAGAAUCUGCAAGAUAUGGAAGCUACUAGAAGGAUCAUCGGGGAACAUAACGACACUUUGUCGCUAAUAGCUAACCGUAGCCGUCUUGAUGAUUUCAGUGGCGGAAACUCCAUCGGUUCCACAAAACGGGGAUCCAUUUCUUUUCGGACAAUGGAAAGAGAUGAAAACCCAGGUGGAUUUGUGGAGUUAAGCCUCUUUUCUCCUUCGACCCCAAUAGGUUCGCCUCAGCAAGUUCACGGCUGGCCUAUGAUCCCGAUUCCUUCUAGUUCGACCUCAUGAACCAUCUUGGAACUCAUUUUUGUGGUAAAACAGUUUGUAAAGGUCUUUAGAUUAAAUAAGGAUUGCUGUUUUUGGUUCUGUACCUUUUGUUUUCUUAAUGUUGGCCUUGUUUUUUUCGGUGGAGCUGAUCUGUAUCUCAUCAUCAUCAUCAUAUUAUACUUUUAUAACUUGUACAAUUUGGUCAAUGCUUCGUAUUCAAGUUAAAACCCUCGUUCACCUGA